CGAGCUCCCCGUUUCGGAAGCGUGAUCUCUGAGAUCGAUUGCUACAGUCUCUCGCGUCUUCCCGCGGAUUGUCGGACUGAACAGAAGGGGUUAGUCCUUCGCUUCUAGUUCCGCCGAUCAGCUGGUAUUGCGGGGAGUUCGGACAGCCCCAGCGAGCCCAUCAUGUGGCGAAGGGUCAUAGGCAGAGCGUGGGACUUCCGCCUGGAGUAUUUGCGGGGGCCGUGCCACCCUUUGGGGAGGAUCUUUCCGCGAAGCUACGAACGAAGAGGAGUGGUAACGGUCUCGGUCACUCCCGCUGCAGGCUUGGCAGAUCAGCCCGCGAAAAUUACGAUCGAAGGACUCGCGCCUUCGCAGGGAGUGACGCUCCGGGCGCUCGUGGUGAGUGAGCAGGGGAGCCUCUUUGACUCCUGCGCACAUUACCAAGCGGACGGGCAGGGGGGAAUAGACCUGUCCAAAGAUGUCUCGAAGGGGGGAGACUAUGUCGGAGUUGAGCCCAUGGGGCUAUUUUGGAGCCUCUCCCCCGCUGCCAUCGAGAAGCCUUACCAAAGGCUGGAGCCCGGGCACGUGGAGCGUCCCGUGAAAGCGGAGAUCUCGGUGCAUCAGGAAUACAGCCAACCCGGGGCUAUCCCCGGACAGGUGCUUGCCCGAACGAGCGUGGAAAGAUGGUUCACUCUUCCUGACGUGAGAAGGAUCAGGUUGAAGGAAGGUGCGGUAAGAGGCAGCUUGUUCCUUCCCCCGGGGAAUGGCCCAUUUCCAGGUGUGAUAGACAUGUUUGGUGAUGAAGGUGGGUUAAUCGAAUUCCGAUCCAGCCUUCUGGCAGCCCAUGGCUUUGCUGCUCUUUCUUUGCCAUAUUUUAAUUUUGAGGAUCUCCCAAAAGUCAUGGACGAUUUCCGCCUUGAAUAUUUUGAAGAGGCAGCCAGGUUUUUGCUGCGCCAUCCAAAGGUUAAAAGGCCAGGAAUUGGUGUCAUUGGAACUGGGAAAGGAGGAGAACUGGCUUUGUCAAUGACGACCUUCCUUCCAGAAGUCGUGGCUGCCGUCUGCAUUUCUGGCUGCAGCUCCAUCACUGCCAGUGCCCUUCAUUAUGGAAAACUGACUCUGCCUGGGCUUCGCUUUAAUAUGAGCAGGAUCAAGAUUUCGGACAACGGAGUAUUUGACAUUUACGAAGCUUUGGAUGACCCAAGGGAUCCAGCCAAUUCACAGUGCCAGAUCCCCAUAGAAAAGGCAGAAGGCCAUUUCCUUUUUGUGGUGGGAGAGGAUGAUCGCAAUUGGAAGAGCUCUUUGUAUGCUGAAAUAGCUAUUGCAUGCCUACGCCAGCAUAGGAAGGACAAUUUUAAACUCUUGAGUUACCCUGGAGCAGGCCAUCAAAUUAAUCCAUCUUUUUCUCCUGUUUGCCUGGUAGCUUUAGACCGUGUUCUAGGGGUGCCUGUUCUGAGCGGUGGAGAGAAUAGAGCUCAUGCCCAUGCCCAGGAACAUUCCUGGGGGAAGAUUCUUGAGUUCCUGAAUUUGCACUUGAGAUGAGAUGAGCAGGCAGGUGGCUGAACACUGAAAUAAAAUGAGAGAAAGCAAGUUCCAAAGUAAACUAAGAAAUGGUCAGAGGCUGACCAAGUAGGAUGGGCAGAGAUAACAUAUAAAAUGUAUGCCUAUUCUGGUUAAAUUAGCAACAGUUUGGAUAACAAGAUAAGAUUAGUUCAGAUGGAGUGGCCAAAAAUACAUGUUUUAGAGAUGUAAUCUAAAGUAGUGGACUGAAGAAUGGCUUUGUUUAAAUUAAUGUUCAUGGAGUUACAAAUGCUAGUUAACUCCUAAAGCACUGCACCGAAUGAUACACAGCCAGCUGCACCAAAUAUAGCUUCUUCCAUUUUGAGAUCGUAUAUCCAGAAUACAGCUAUUUUCUGCCUUCUGGCAAU